AUGGCGAAGCACCGUAAGGACAGAGACAGCUGGGGUGAGUGGUCCCUCAGCGACAAACCCGUCUACGACUGGAGCUCGGAGGAGGAGGAGCCGGACGGACGAGCCCGGCCCAUCCAGGUGCUGCUGGUGAAAGACGACCACACCUUCGAGCUGGACGAGGCGGCGCUGAGUCGCAUCCUGCUGGCGGAGGAGGUCCGGGACCGGGACGUGGUCGCCAUCUCUGUGGCCGGGGCGUUCCGCAAGGGCAAGUCCUUCCUCAUGGACUUCAUGCUGCGCUACAUGUACAAUCACGCUUCGGACACUUGGCUCGGAGAUGCAGACGAGCCCCUGACCGGCUUCUCCUGGCGGGGGGGCUCGGAGCGGGAGACCACCGGCAUCCAGAUCUGGAGCGAGGUCUUCCUGGUGGACAAGCCAGACGGAGGAAAGGUGGCUGUGCUGCUGAUGGACACACAGGGGACGUUCGACAGCCAGUCAACGCUGAGGGAUUCAGCCACCGUGUUCGCCCUGAGCACCAUGAUCAGCUCCAUGCAGGUUUACAACAUCUCACAGAAUGUACAAGAGGACGACCUCCAGCACUUACAGCUCUUCACUGAGUACGGCAGAUUAGCAAUGGAGGAGACCUUCCUCAAACCGUUCCAGUCCAUGAUUUUCCUUGUUCGAGACUGGAGUUUCCCGUACGAGUUUCCCUACGGACAGGAAGGAGGCAUGCAGUUCCUCGAGAAGAGGCUGAAGAUCUCUGAGAACCAGCAUGAAGAGCUGCAGAACGUACGUAAACACAUCCACUCCUGCUUCACCAACAUCUCCUGCUUCCUGAUGCCCCACCCGGGCCUCAAGGUGGCCACCAACCCUCACUUUGAUGGGAGAAUUCAAGAAAUCGAUGGUGAGUUCAUCAACAACCUGAAGGUUCUGGUCCCCUGGCUCCUCAGUCCUACCAACAUCGACGUGAAGGAGAUAAACGGCAGCAAAAUCACGUGCAGAGGCCUGCUGGAGUAUUUCAAGGCCUACAUCAAAAUUUACCAAGGGGAGGAGCUGCCUCAUCCAAAAUCCAUGCUGCAGGCCACAGCAGAGGCCAAUAAUCUGGCAGCAGUCGCAGCCGCAAAGGAUCUGUACAACAAGAAGAUGGAGGGGGUGUGUGGCGGCGACCGACCCUUCCUGGCCCCCAGCGAGCUGCAGGCCCGGCACGGCGUCAUCAGGGAGGAGGCUCUGCAGGUGUUCCGGGGCGUGAAGAAGAUGGGCGGCGAGGAGUUCAGCCGGCGCUACCUGCAGCAGCUGGAGGGCGAGGUCGACGAGGUCUUCGUCCAGUACAUCAAGCACAAUGACUCCAAGAACAUUUUCCACGCCGCCCGCACGCCCGCCACCCUGUUCGUGGUCAUCUUUGUCAUGUACGUGGCCGCGGGCAUCACGGGCUUUGUGGGCGUGGACGUCAUCGCCAGCUUGUGCAACAUGAUCCUGGGUCUGGCGCUGAUCACCCUCUGCACCUGGGCCUACAUCCGCUACACCGGGGAGUACCGGGAACUGGGAGCCGUCAUCGACCAGGUGGCUGGUGCACUGUGGGACCAGGGGAGCACAAAUGAGGCCCUCUACAAGCUGUAUAAUGUUGCGGCCAAUCACAGACACCUGUACCACCACGCCUUCCCGGGGCCGCAGGUGGACGAGGACGAGCAGGAAGGGAAGAGGGACUGA